UCAUCAGAGGAAAUUCUAUACAUUUAAGAAACUAUGAUUUAUGUUGGUAGGAAAUUAGUAAAUGAUGGGGAUUUUACUGAUCCUAGUUUGCCAUUUUUAUUGCAAUAUUCCAAUAGAGUUGUUGAUGUAAAAUCAAGAGAAGUUGAAUGAUUUGAAUGAUUUGAAUGAUGAUAUAGAGUUUUAGAAUUAUAAGGACAUAGCUACAAGAGCAAAUUAGAAAUUUAGUAAAACAAAAGGUUCAGCAAAAAGUUUAUUAAUAUUAGUUUAGUGUAUCCAUUAUUUAAGGAUAAAAUAUAGAUUGAGGAAGAUACAAAAGGAUAUGCUAAAUUAAAUAAAAAAUUUCAAAUCUAGUUAGAGUGUGAUAUAGAUAAAGAAAUUUGAAUAUAAUUCAAAAUUAGAUCCUUUUAUGAAAACUGUAUCUCAUUUGAAAGAUGUACAAAAAAGAAAUCCUAUUCCAAAGAUAGAAUUGAAAGAACAACCAAAAUCAUUGAAUAUAGAAAAUUUUAUGGAUUAAAAAUUUUUUAUUCCAAUAUAAAGGGAUCCAACAAAAAAAUCUGAAUUUGAAGAUUUACAUAAGAUAACAGUAGAGAAUAUAAAUCUAACUGUAAUAUCAGAUGAGACAGAUGCAUUAAGAAAGAGAAAAAUAGAUGGUUUGUGAU